AUGGACGUGGAAACCGACGAAGCCCUCAAACCAACCGACCAAAGCACGCAAGAUGCCAACGACCUCGCCCAAUUCGGCCACGAGCAAAUCCUCGCCCGCAAGUUCAACAUCUGGAGCAUGCUAGCGUUAGCAUUCUGCGUGCUGGGGACAUGGUCGACCUUCGCACAGGAUCUCUCUGACGGUCUGAUCAACGGCGGCCCUGUCUCGAUCCUGUGGGGACUGGCUCUUGUUACAUUCUGCAACACCUGUGUCGCGCUCUCGCUAGGCGAGAUCUGUAGCAGCAUGCCCACUGCCAUGGGACAGGCGUAUUGGGUCUACAGUCUCUGGGACUCACGCUUCGGCCGAUUCCUCUCGUACAUGUGCGCUUGGAUUAAUGUUUUUGGGUGGUGGACACUAGCCGCCUCCCAGGUGGCAUUUAUGACGAAUUUCCUUCUCGGUAUGAAGGUUAUGUUCAGUCCAACCUGGAGUGGUGCAUCGAAGGGGUGGCUUGAGUUCGUGGUUUAUAUUGCGUGCGUCUUCGCCCUCACACUGAUCAAUGUGAUGGGUUGUCGGAAGGAGAAAUUCCUGCCGUGGCUGAACAAUUUUGUCGGAAUCUGGUUCUUUGGACUAUUCUUUGUUUUUUGCCUUGCCCUGCUUAUUUCAGUGGGCACGAAAGAAGGUCUCUCCUACCAGCCUGCCUCUUUCGCAUUUGGGAAGUGGAUUAACCAAACUGGCUGGCCCGAUGGCGUUGUCUGGUUUAUUGGUCUAGUUCAGGCUGCGUAUGGGCUGACUGCCUUUGACGCCGUCAUUCACUUGGUGGAAGAGAUUCCUGCACCCCGCAAGAACGCCCCGAAAGUGAUUUACCUUGCCGUGAUCUCUGGCGCCGUGAGCGGUUUCAUCUUGAUGAUGGUGUGCCUCUUCUGUAUUCAAAAAGUGAAUACAGUGGUAGACUCGCCUAGCGGCCUACCGUUUAUGGAACUUGUCCAAGAAACGGUGGGUCAGACUGGAGGCGCAGUGCUGAUUGCGUUGUUCAUUACGAACGGCCUAGGCCAGGGAAUUAGCAUCGUAACCACGGCAUCCCGCCUCACCUGGGGAUUUGCCCGCGACGGUGGACUUCCCUUUAGCACCUACCUAUCGGAAGUGAGUCCUUACUGGAAAGCCCCCGUCAGGGCACUCUGGUUCCAGGGAGCUAUUAUAGCGCUGGUUGGAGUUUUGUUCCUAUUCGCACAGACAGUGCUGAACGCGAUCCUCAGCGUCAGCACCAUCGCCCUGACCAUCUCAUACGGGCUGCCCAUCAUGACUCUGCUGCUCAUGGGCCGCGACAAGCUCCCACCUGGUGGCCAGUUCAACCUUGGGAGACUGGGUGCACCGGUAAACUGGGUAUCCCUUGUGUAUUGUUGUGUGACAACUGUCUUCUUUUUCUUCCCUGGCGCGCCCAACCCCUCGGGUGGUGAUAUGAAUUACGCAAUUGGUGUGUUUGGCGUCAUGCUUGUUAUUGCUGUGUCGUUCUGGUUCGUCCAAGGCAGUCGCACCUAUCUCAACACCGAGGAGUCGAUUCCUCAUGUUAUCCAGGCCCAUGCGGUUGCGAAUGACCCGCUGCCUGAGCCAAAAAAGGAAGACUGA